AUGCAUGUAAAUUUCGACUUCGAGACCCGAGUGAAAAUUGUGCUAGCUUCAAUGGCGAUUCACAAUUACAUUAGAAUGAGCGGUAGUGGUGAUGCAGCAUUUCAGAUAGCGCAAGAAGAAUCUUAUAUUCCGCGCAAUGAUGAAGGACUCGAUGAUGCUAUUAAGCCACAUGACGAAGUAUCAAGUAGACAAUGUAGAAAUGACGAUAUGUAUAUGAGUGCAGUACGCGAUAUGAUUGCGGGACAAAUUUUCUCAAGUUAUUCAGAAGGCUUCUGUUUUUUAUUGUCUUACAGAUUAUACAAGCAGUUUUACAUCAACUGUGGUUUGAUGGAGCAAGUGACAGUUGAAAAUGUCCAACUACUUCAUGCAAAAAAUGAUGACCAUGGAGGUGUAGUGGUAGAGCUUGAGGAGCAUAUGGACUCUGAUGUCUUUCUCACACUGCUUAAAACUUCAUUGUCAGAGUGGACAAUGCAGGGAAAGAAGGGUGUUUGGAUUAAAAUACCAAUCCUUCUUGUUAAUCUUGUGGAACCUGCAGUGAAGGAGGGUUUUUGUUAUCACCAUGCUGAAUCUGAUUACGUGAUGCUUGUUAAGUGGAUUCCUGAAACAACAAGCACUAUCCCUGCAAAUGCUUCUCAUAGAGUAGGUGUUGGUGCUGUUGUCUUGAAUCACAAACGAGAGAUGCUUGUUGUCCAAGAGAAGAAUGGGCCAUUACGGGGAAAGGGUAUCUGGAAGGUCCCAACUGGAAUUGUUGACGUGGGUGAAGAUAUCUGUACAGGGGUGAUUAGAGAAGUCAAAGAAGAGACUGGAAUAGAUACAGAGUUUGUUGAAGUACUAGCAUUCAGGCAAUGGCACAAGUCAUUCUUUGAGAAAUCGGAUUUAUUCUUUGUGUGCAUGAUGCGGCCACUAUCUUUUGACAUCCAGAUUCAAGAAGUAGAAAUCGAGGCAGCCAAGUGGAUGCCAUUGGAGGAUGUUGCAGCUCAACCUUUUGCUCAGAAAGAGAGUUUGUUGAAAUACAUUACUGAUUUAUGCAUAGCAAAGGUAGAGAGGGAUUACUCUGGAUUUUCUCCGCAUCCCGUAACAUCAGAUGUCUGUUUUACAAUACAAGAGAUACAACAAUCUAUAGAGGUUAGCCCUACUCUACACAAAUCCUACGGCCCAUGGGUGAAUGGAAAACUGAGUCUAAGGUGA